AUGUCCGAAAAAGAAGCUCCGGGUGUUAUCUCUCACAAUGAGGACCCGACUCAGGCUGCGACUGUAGAGCUAGUUGAGGCUACUCAGCGACGCCAGUCCACCGCUCUCAACCUCAUUGAGAAUCCUCUGCAGCGCUGCUCCAAGGAGCAAACCAUCGCGGAUGCUGCAGCUUUCGCCGAAUUGCAUGGCAUGUCAGAGCACGCUGAACUCUUUGCUAGGGGCGCUCUGGUUGCACGCGACCCUCAGAGAUUCGGCGGUAUUUCCGAGCUUAGCGAAGACGAGGUCACCGCGCUUGCAUACGAGAGGGACCAUAAAUGGCACGGCCCUAAAAUGCUGUGGUAUUCGAUCGCUCUGUGUGCCGUUGGUGCCGCCACGCAAGGAUGGGAUCAGACAGGAGCCAACGGAGCCAACUUGUCCUUCCCGAAGGAAUUUGGUAUCGACGGCAAAGGAAAAGACGAAUGGAUCGUGGGAGUGGUCAACGCAAUUAUUUUCUUGACCGCCGGUCUAAUUGGUGCUUUCAUCGUCGAUCCACUUAACCACUACUUUGGUAGACGAGGCGAGAUUUUCAUCACUGCUUGCUGUCUUACUGCCACCCCGAUCGGUUCCGGUUUCACGAAAUCAUGGCAACAAUUGUUUGCUGCACGUUUUAUUAUGGGUAUCGGCAUUGGUGCAAAGAACGCUACGGUGCCGAUCUACUCAUCCGAGAUGGCUCCGGCUCGAAUUCGAGGAGCCCUUGUCAUGUUCUGGCAGCUUUGGGUUGUGGCCGGUAUCUUCCUGGGCUUCGCUGCCAAUGUCAUUGUCAAAGACGUUGGUCGCAUCGCCUGGCGCCUUCAAUUCGGUUCAGCAUUCAUUCCAUCCUUCGUCCUCAUGUGUGGUAUCUGGUUCUGCCCAGAGUCCCCCCGCUGGCUCAUGAAGCACAACAGACACGCCCAAGGCUUCAGAUCGAUGUUGCGCUUGAGAGCUCAUCCCAUCAUUGCCGCAAGAGACUUCUACUAUUCGUGCAUUAUCUAUGAGGAGGAAAUUAAGAUCGCUAGAGGUGCAGGCUAUUUCUCCCGUAUGUGGGACUGCUUCGCUGUGCCUAGAAUCAGGCGUGCGAACUACGGUGCCUCGACUGUCAUGCUUGCCCAGCAAAUGUGCGGUAUCAACAUCAUCUCUUUCUACAGUUCAAGUAUCUUCAAGAACGUCGGUUACACAGACACCCAGGCCUUGUAUGCAUCUCUUGGAUACGGUGCUGUUCAAGUUGUUUCCACGAUCCCCACUUUGUAUCUCAUCGACACUAAGGGCCGAAGAACUCUGACUUUAAUUACCUUCCCUCUGAUGUGUAUCUUCCUGCUCGCCGGUGGUCUCUCUCUUCUGAACCAUGACGGCAGCAAAGGAUCGCAGAUCGGUCCAGUUGUCUUGUUCGUUUAUCUAUUCACCAUCUGCUACUCUCUGGGUGAAGGGCCAGUUGCCUUCCAAUACUCUGCCGAGGUGUUCCCCACCAUUCAGCGUGAGCAAGGAAUGGCUUGGGCGGUUUGCAUCAACAACACUUUUGCCGGUAUUCUUAGCUUGACAUUCCCACGGAUGCAAACCGUUAUGACGCCAACAGGUGCUUUCGGCUUCUAUGCUGGACUCAACCUCAUCGCUUGGUUUAUGGUUUUCUGCUUCGUCAGAGAAACCAAGCAGCUCACCCUGGAGGAGUUGGAUCAGGUCUUCUCUGUCCCAACGAAAGACUUCAUCCGCCACGAAUUGACUGUGUGGCUUCCUUGGUUUAUCCGGCGAUACGUCUUCCUACAGAAUAUCCCCAAGCCGCCGGCGAUUAUCGCGACGAUUCAGGAGGCCGAGGUUGUCAAGAGCGCCUAG